CGUCUUCCGCUUCACCCAUCCAUCCUCGUCACCCACGUCUACAGCGCCUCAGAUAUCCUAUACCAUGAUUGUUCCCGCUGAGCAGUUGAACAACCAGUUCUUCGACUACAUCAUCGCUGGUGAGUGUACCGCUGGUCUUACGCUUGCCGCCCGCCUGACCGAAGAUCCCAAUGUAAAGGUCCUCGUCUUGGAAGCCGGUCAAGCAAACAUCGACGACCCUCAGUUGUUGCGCCCGGCUAUUUUCGGUAGCCACCUCGGUAACGACUCUUAUUCUUGGCACCACAAGACGAUCAAACAAAAGUACGUCGAGGACAGGGAGUCUGGCUGGCACCGCGGCAAGGGUCUCGGUGGCUCUUCCGGCGUCAACUUCCUGGUCUAUACCAAGCCUCCGGCUCGUGAUAUCGAUGACUUUGAGCGCCUCGGGAACCCUGGCUGGAACUGGAAGAACCUCGAGCCGUAUUUCCAGCGUGCUGAAGGUUUCUCCGAACCGACAGAAGAAUAUAAGACGCGAACCGGCGUUAAGACGGAGACUUGGACCGUUGGUCGGCAAGGUCCGCUCAAGAUUUCCUUCCCCGCGUCUAUUUCCGAAGCCGAAGUCAGGAUACAACAGCCCAAGGGUGUGUCUUUCCUUCCGAACACCUAUGAUCCCCAAAACCACAAGCGAACUUACUCUACAACCGCUUUCUACCUUCCGUACAAGGAUCGCCCGAACUACAAGGUCGCAGUCGGGGCUCAUGUUAACCGCGUGCUGACGGAAAACACUCGCAACGGCUCGUGGACCGCCGUCGGCGUCGAGUUCUUCGAUGAAGCAAGCGGCAAGGUUCAGACCGUGAAUGCGACAAAGGAGGUGAUCCUCAGCGCAGGCACUCUAAAGUCGCCGCAGCUGCUCGAGCUUUCAGGCUUUGGCAGGAAAGAUGUGCUGGAGAAGAUCGACGUUCCAUUGAAGGUUGAGCUCCCUGGCGUCGGAGAGAACAUCCAGGAUCACAUUUUCGUCGGACUAAGCUGGGAACUUAAUGAUGAUGCUCCAUUCGACACCCUCGAUCUUCUCCGCGAUCCUGCCGUUGCUGCCAAACAUCUCGAACUCCAUGAAUCUGGAUCGGGCCUGCAUACGAUCGGCAUCGUCGGCUUCGCAUGGAACAGCUUCGACAUGUUCGCACCACAGGGCAAGCAGGCCGAUAUAUACGACAAGAUGAAAGACGCUGUGGCAAAAAUCGACGACAAGGCGCAUCCUGGAUUGCGGGAGCAAUUCGAAGUUGCGAUGGAGCGGUUCGUGCCCGGCAAGGCUGGCAGCCCCGGGUGCGAGUUCAUCAGCUUCCCCGGCUUCCUGAGCGGCCCCAACACGCCUGAGCCUGGCAAGCGGUAUGCCACGAUUCUCGUCGCUAUGAACCACGGCUUCUCGCGUGGAACUGUCCACUCGACGUCUUCCGACCCGCGCAAGGAUCCAGAGAUGGACGCGCACUACUUCGAGCAAAGCUUUGAUCUUGGUAUCCACGUUGAGAUGGUGAAGUUCGCGCGCAAGGUGGCGAACACAUCCCCAAUGAAGGAGAUGGUCGUCAAGGAGGUCAACCCCGGCCUCGAGGUUCAGACCGACGAGCAAUGGGGAGAUUGGCUGAAGAAGACGUUCAGCACUACUUGGCACACCGCCGGGUCGUGCUCGAUGGUGCCAAGAGAAAAGAACGGCGUUGUUGACACCGAUCUCAAGGUCUACGGCACGAGCAACCUCCGUGUCGUCGACCUGUCUAUCGUCCCUCUGCACUUCGCCUCACACCCGCAGUCGGCUGUGUACGCCAUUGCAGAGAAGGCUGCCGACAUCAUCAAGGCCGCAGCCUAGACUGUCGGAGUUCUGCAAGA